AUGCCUCGUGGUCAAAAGAGUAAGAUCCGCUCCCGUCUGAAGCGCAAAGCUCGCAAUGACACCCAGAUUCUGCAGGGUGCUCAGGGCACUGCCGCAGCCCAAGCAAAAAUGCUUUCCCCGGUCGAUCCUCUCAGGGAGGAUGAUCUCGCUCAGAAUCUGUUUGCUGCUGCUUUCGAGGAGCUUCAGGGAGCUGCAACUCCCACCACUACUUCUGAAGAGGUUUCAGAAGCUAGUUCAAAUGAAGACACCAUGAGCCAAGAUGCAGCUGAAGGAGAUGAAGGCUGGGAAGGUGCCAAAGACGAGGAAGGUGAGGAAGGUGAGGAAGGCUCUGAAGGUGAGGAAGGCUCUGAAGGUGAGGAAUGCUCUGAAGGUGAGGAAGGCUCUGAAGGUGAGGAAGGCUCUGAAGGUGAGGAAUGCUCUGAAGGUGAGGAAGGCUCUGAAGGUGAGGAAGGCUUUGAAGGUGAGGAAGGCUCUGAAGGUGAGGAAGGCUCUGAAGGUGAGGAAGGCUUUGAAGGUGAGGAAGGCUCUGAAGGUGAGGAAGGCUCUGAAGGUGAGGAAGGCUUUGAAGGUGAGGAAGGCUCUGAAAGUGAGGAAGGCUCUGAAGGUGAGGAAGGCUCUGAAGGUGAGGAAGGCUCUGAAGGCGCAGCAGAUGGAGCAAGUGCUGCAGGCGCUGAAGCUGCUGAAGGAGCUGCAGGCGCUGAAGCUGCUGAAGCUGCAGAAGGCGCUGCAGGCGCUGAAGCUGCAGAAGGCGCUGCAGGCGCUGAAGCUGCAGAAGGCGCUGCAGGCGCUGAAGCUGCAGAAGGCGCUGCAGGCGCUGAAGCUGCUGGAGGCUUUGAAGGUGCUGAAGCUGCUGGAGGUUUUGAAGGUGCUGAAGCUGCUGAAGGCUUUGCAGGUGCUGAAGAGCCACGUGCUGAAAGCCCAGAAUCUUCCCAGAGUUACAAGCGAGAUCCUCUGAACAGGAAAGUGGUCCAGUUGGUGCGGUUCCUGAUUCAGAAAUAUCACAGGAAAGAGCUGAUUACAAAGGCAGACAUGAUAAAGCAUGUCAUCAAAAAGUACAAGUACCACUUCAACGAGAUUCUCAAAAGAGCCUCUGAGCACUUGGAGUUGGCUUUCGCGAUGGAUCUAAAAGAAGUGGAUCCCUUCCGGCACUACUAUACCCUCAUCAGCAAGCUUGAGCUCACUUUCGAUUGGUCGGGGAGUGAAGAAGAGAACAUGCCGAAGGCCGGUCUCCUGAUGAUUGUCUUGGGUGUGAUCUUUAUGAAGGGAAAUUGUGCACAAGAAUCGGAUAUCUGGGAAGUUCUUAAUAUGAUGGGUGUGUAUGCUGACAAGAAGCACUUCAUUUAUGGCAACGCCAAGAAGAUCAUCACUGAAGAUCUGGUGCAUCUCAAGUACCUGAAGUACCGCCAGGUGCCCAACAGCAAUCCAGCAAUCUUUGAAUUCCUAUGGGGUCCAAGAGCCCACGCCGAAACUAGCAAGAUGAAAGUCCUUGAGUUCUUGGCCAACAUUCACGACACAGUCCCCAGUGCCUUCCCAAUCUGGUAUGAAGAGGCUUUGAGAGAUGAGGAAGAGAGAGCCCGUGACAGGGCUGCAGCCAGAGCUCGUGUCACUGCUGUCUCUGGCGUGCGCUCCAGGUCUGAUGCUGGCAACUUUGGCCACUCUGAAUGA